AUGUCUCAAGCGCCACUGGAAGAACAAAAGAAGGCCGUGGCCGCAUCGGCUGCCGCGCAGCAAUCUGAUAACAUCGCGCACGCUUUGGCAGGCGCAGGAGGGGGUAUUCUUUCGAUGGUUCUCACUUACCCCCUCAUUACCCUCUCUACUCGCGCGCAAGUCGAAUCAAAGCGCGCCCAGUCCUCAACUCUCGAUGCAGUGCGACACAUCAUCCAACGCGAAGGAAUUAGCGGGCUCUACUCCGGCUUGAACUCAGCUCUGUUUGGAAUUAGCAUGACAAACUUCGUUUACUAUUACUGGUACGAAUGGACUCGCGCUGCAUUCGAGAAAGCCGCAGAAAAGGCCGGCCGUGCCUCAAAAAAGCUUACGACUAUUGAAGCCAUUAUCGCAGGUGCCAUCGCCGGCAGUGCAACAGUGCUCCUCACAAACCCGAUUUGGGUUAUUAACACGCGGAUGACCGCUCGUCGGAACGAGGCAGGCGAGCAAGGACUACCGGGUGCUGAGAAGCCAAAGCAGUCUAAAUCAACGAUCCAGACUCUUUUGGAUUUACUCAAAAAUGAAGGACCUAGUGCCUUGUUUGCCGGUGUGCUUCCGGCUUUGGUGUUGGUCAUCAACCCAAUUCUUCAAUAUACUAUCUUUGAGCAAUUAAAGAAUGUCCUGGAGCGAAAGCGACGAGUCACUCCCAAGGAUGCGUUUUAUCUCGGCGCUAUAGGAAAGAUUCUUGCGACGAGUAUUACUUACCCAUAUAUCACUGUUAAGAGUCGUAUGCACGUUGCCAGCAAGAACGAUCCCCGCCAGACUCUUAAUGGAAGCUUGAAGAAGAUUAUCAAUGAGGAGGGAUGUGCAGGUCUCUACAAGGGUAUCAUUCCCAAGGUGACCCAAAGCGCUAUUACUGCUGCUUUCCUCUUUGCGUUCAAGGAUGUUCUAUACGAUGUCAUGGUAGCAGCCCGCCGACGCCGCUCAAUUCCCAAGUAA